AUGUUCUUCUCUCGGACCCCAGAGGAGCCUGUAGAGGUGACAGGCUCAUCGCGCAACGCUGGUGGUGGUGCAGCGACGUCUGUGCCUGCAUCGGCAUCGGCAGCGGCUAGCGCCUCGACUGGCGAGUGGGAGACGAAAGGCGCUGCGGGUUUGGGAGCGAUCUCGUCCAUGUCGGCGGAAUGCACGCCGCUCAAGCACCGCUACGACUCGUGCUUCAACCUGUGGUUCAAGGACUACCUCGCCAUUGGUGACGACCAGAUCCAGGACCAGCAGCGACGCAGCCAAACCGCAUCCACCGCAUCCUCAUCCACCAACGGCGCCAGCACCAAGAAGAAGUCCGGAUGGUUCUCGGAUAGCUCAUCUUCAAGCACAUCCACGCAGGCUUCGUCGAUAGCCGACUCGGAUGUCGAGGGUAGGAAGAACGCCAUCAUGCAGAGAUACGAGCGCGACUGUGCCCAGCUCUUCAAAGACUACCAGGCCUGUAUCAAGAAAGCGGUAACAGAACGUGGACUGGACGAUCUGAUUCGACAGGCGCGCAAGGAGAAUCCCUUCCCCUUUGACCACGAACGACGCUCCGACGCGCGCGCCAACAACCCGCCCUUCCCCUUCCCUGCCGCCAAGGACUAG